AUAAUUAAAAAUAUAAACAUAACCACGAAAAGUUUACCAAACAAACAUAACCUAGCAAUUUUUAAAAUCAAGAAAAUAGCUCAAAACGAAAAAGUACAAUGUCUGAAAGUGAAAUAAAACUAGAUUUAGUCGUAAUAAAAAAGGAUUUAACUGCCGGCAUUCGUGAAUGUUCCCAGAGGGGUCUAUAUCACAGCGCAAAGUGGCUGUCCGAAAUAAACUUCUCCAUUGCCCACAUCAAGCUGCCUUUAGAGACCAGCAGUGUAGUGACCGAAUUGGAAAGCGAAUCUUAUCUACUAGCCAAAUCAUACUUUGACUUAAAGGAGUACGAUAGAUGCGCCUUUUUUACAGAGACUUGCGUCGAACCUAAGCCCCGAUUUCUGCACUUGUAUUCCCAGUACCUUUCGAUCGAGAAAAAGAAGUUAGACAAUAUGACCGACACUAAUUGCCCUCCGGAUCCUACCAAAAAUAACGCACUGCGAAUGCUGUGCACGUCUUUGAAAGAAGAUCAGUUCGUGAACAAGCUGGAUGGUUAUUGUCUUUACUUGUACGGUAUAAUUUUGAAGAAAUUAGACUUGAACUCUUUGGCGAUGGACAUAUUUGUGGAUGCAAUUAACGAGGAACCACUGCAUUGGGGUGCGUGGCAGGAAUUGGCCCUUUUAGUUCCAGAUAAGAGCACCUUGUUGUCGUUACGUCUUCCAAAUCACUGGAUGAAGCAUUUUUUUCUGGCGCACGUUUAUUUAGAGCAAUUGAAUAACGAGGAGGCUUUAGAUAUUUAUUAUGAUUUACAUUCGCAAGGUUUCGACAAAAGCACGUACAUUAUGGCACAAAUGGCUAUCGCGUACCACAACCGUAGAGAGUUAGAUAAAGCAAUUUUGAUGUUUAAAGAAUUACUGCAUCUAGAUCCUUAUCGAUUAGACAAUUUGGAUACCUACUCGAAUUUACUGUACGUGAAAGAGAUGAAGACGGAACUGGCAAACUUGGCUCACACCGCAGUUAAUAUUGAUAAAUAUCGUGUGGAGACCUGUUGUGUAAUAGGUAAUUAUUACAGUUUACGCUCAGAGCAUUCCAAGGCGGUGCUGUACUUUCAACGAGCUUUAAAGCUAAAUCCGCAAUAUCUCUCUGCGUGGACAUUAAUGGGACAUGAAUUUAUGGAGAUGAAAAAUACCAAUGCCGCAAUUCAGAGUUAUCGACAGGCUAUAGAGGUAAAUCGACGAGAUUAUCGCGCUUGGUACGGUUUAGGUCAGACGUAUGAGAUUUUGAAAAUGCCAUUUUAUUGUAUUUAUUACUAUAAACAAGCGCAACAAUUGCGACCUAACGAUAGCAGAAUGAUUCUUGCAUUGGGCGAGACAUACGAAAAGUUGGAUAAACACGAAAAUGCCCUUAAGUGCUAUUACAAAGCGUGCAACGUGGGAGACGUCGAGGGAAUGGCUCUGGUUAAACUGGCAAAGUUGUACGAUAAAUUGAAUGAAGUUGAUAAUGCGGCUGCUGCUUAUACGGAGUUUUGCUUUAAGGAAGAGGAUCAGAGAGCGGGAGGAUACGAUGGGGAAAAUGAAUUUUAUAAUGCAUUUCAGUAUUUGGCAAAUUAUCAUUUGAAACGUGGUCAAUUAGAGGAUGCCUACGCAUAUGCAUAUAAAUGCAUUGAACACGAUGAGACCAAGGAACAAGGGAAGUCUCUAUUGAAGGCCAUAGCCACAAAACGAGCCGAGCAGGAGGGAUUCAAUGCAAAAUCGUCAGAUCAGUCAAAAGCUAACGUUACAGAUAUCACUAAUGACGGUAAUGGAAGUGCAAUGGAAAUGGUUUUUUCACCAUUAAAUAAUUAAAUCAUCA